UUAAAAGCCUCCCUGACUGCUUCCUGGGGUGUUUACUUGGUGAAGGAAGGUGUCGUCACAGCAGUCAUGGGGAGCACCAGCCCUCAGGUCAAGAACUUCAUCUGUCUCGCCUACGAUUACCGGAGAAAAAAGACGGACAAGAAUCUCUCGCAGCUUCAGAGACAGCUGCAGAUUUUAUCAGUGGUAAGUGACCUGCAUUCCUUUGAGCCAACAUGCAUGGAAACCCUAGAGUUCUAUGUCUGUCUGGAGCAGCUGUUAAGCUCAACUGAUGCGAGGUCGCCUUUAGCCUGGAAGGUCAUAAGCCUCUUGGCUCACAUCUGCCGUUCGCCAACCAUACGCAUUGCUCUGAGAGACGAAAUCAAGCUGGUGCCUAUCUUAAGUGAAUAUUUGAUUUCUUCAAAGUUAAGCAAAGAUAAAGCUGGCAAAACAUUACAGUUGCUUCAAGAAAUCUCUUACAGGAUAAAGAUUUCGCGCGCUGAGGCAUGGGUGCUUCGACUGGUGCCAAACUUGGUAGAAAUGAUGCUCGACAAUAGCAAUGGGGAUGACCUGCUUGUACCAGCUUUAACCACACUUGCAAAUCUCUGUCGUUCCAACCCCCCCGUCCUUACCUGUUUGCGGAAUAAUGGAACACAUAAGGAGCUAAUACAGAAGCUGCUGCACAUGAAGAACCCUAAUAUAGACCUGCAGCUCCUCACAGCUGAACUAUUACUUUAUUUGGAGUUGGAGUUGCCGAGAUUAGGAAAUGAAAAUACAUAUAUUGAGCGUAUCUUGGGAUUGAUAUUUACGGCUGCCAUAGAUGGGUUUGCUGAGAAUAACCUCUCAACCUUACGACUGGCAGCAGACAUCUUUGGAGAACUCUCAUCCUUUCAUAAUUUAGAGGACUCUAUUAGGGAGUACAAGAACUACACAACAAGCAUCCAAACACUCCUCAACUUUCUGAAUGAUGACAGCCCUGUACAGUCAGUGGAGGUGCUUAUGGAGCUCCUGUUUUACAUAGUAGACAUGGGGCUCUCGCAUUUGCAGAAGUUGCACGAGGACAUUUUCCUCAAAGCAGUGGCAUGGAUGCACUCAGAACGAUGUGGAGUUCCCGCGCUGCGACUCAUAAAGAACAUUCUAAUCCUUGGUGACGACUCUGUCAAUUCUGCACACGUUGAAGAUUUUCUCCAGGCAGUAACAGCAUCCUUGGAGUUUCAGGAGGCCCUCCACAUAAACCAUCAACAGUUGCACCGCGUGAAUACAACCCUGACUCUCCUGGAGGGCCUGUGCAUUCGAGAUGCAGCAUUCCGCCUGCGACUGACCAUGGUUCUCACACCUAAAACAUUCUCCACUCUCUUGAGGUUGAUUUUGGCCAUGGACGUUUCCAGUAAUGGUUCCCUGAGUUUGACCUCCUCAUCACUGUCCAGCAAUGGUCCUGAACUUGGGGGAACCUUGUCUCGCCUUGGCAGCGAUUCAGACUUCACAUCGUUCGCAGCUAAAAACGCAUCAGUAACUAUAGAGGAGUUGGCUGCACAGUCAGUAAUUCUGGUACUGACUGUGGUGAAGCUGCUUGGUUCACAGAAAGCAGAGUUUAUGCUGGAGUACAGACAGAUGCUGAGCAAUCCAUCCACCAUGAGCCACAUUGUCCGCUGCCAGCGCUCGGGCAAUCCUGAAUACGUGUCCCGAGCUGUGGCAGUCUUGUGUGAAGGAACAGUGCCAAGUGAAAGCAUGACUUCCCUCAUCAAAGCCUUUGAAGAGUCUAACUUGUCAGCACAUUCUGCACUGAGCGCUGACUCUGAGCCGAGUAGACGGGAUGGCAUGUGCUGGUCCCGCUCCCAGGCCUUCCCCCCGAGCUGCGAGGAGAAGGUCAACAAUAUGAUUGCACGACUGAAGGGCACCAUAGAUAAGAUAGAGUUGAAAGACUUGGGCCUGACUGACAUUAUGGAAAUGUAUGAGUACAAGAUGACUGCCAUGGCACAUGUGGAGAUAACACUGAGAGAUGCACUGGCAGCAGCUGAUGCACAGAACAGACAGACCCAUCACUCCAUGCUUCAGACACGGGCACAGAAUGACCACCUGCGAAGUCUCCUGCGCACAUGGGAACAGAAACUUCAAGCAUCUCAGAAGGACAGGACUGAACUGCAAGCAACCAUUUCCCAAGUUCAGAACUCAGCUCGACAACUGAGAGAGAAUCUGGUGAAGGAAAAGACAGCCAUGGACAGGCAAAACUCCAAGCUGCAGAAGGAGAUGUCAGCCUUAAGAUCAGAGCUUGAUGCCCGCGAUGAGGCAAUCCGCAAGUCCCAGAGGCUGUUGAGCGAUGCACAGAAUGACAUCAAGAAUCUUCAUAGGCAGAUUAAAGAGGAACAGGAGAAAUACCAGAAACUUCAAGAGUGCAACCAGAAGCUAGAUGAUGAACUGAAGAAAGGAAGAAGAGAUCAUGAUGACUUACAGAAGGAGAUCGCAAAACUUGAGAAAGCCCAGAGUCAGAUGAAGAAAGAGAAUUCAGAGCUGGAGCUGAUAAUUAGCAGCCAUGAGAAGACCCUGACAGAGAAGGAAAGUCAGCUGGAGGAAAUGACAAGGAAAUUCACAGAGUUGAAACGUAUUCAAGACAUGAUCCACAACAUAUCUGCUGGAAAACUGAUGUAGAGUUUCAGAAGGGUUUAAAGUGUUGGGGAGCAGGUUAUUAUGUAGCUUAAAGAAAACUGCUUUCCAAAGCACUCCUGCCCUUUAGGCAAGUUUUUGCCUGCAAAAAUCUAAUUGAAGAUAUAAAAAGUAAAAUAUCCAGAGUAAAUUCUUAACUUAAACAUGGUAUUAAGAACAAAGUAUUAAACAUUUUUAACUAGUGUUUAUAAAGCAUAUUUAAAAAUAUAAGAUACUGUUUUGUAAGUAAUAGAUUGAUAUUCUUGAUAUUCUGUCCAUAUUUCUAAUUAAAGGAAUGA